UCUACGCUUGAAGCCACACCACGCCGGUCUAGCUCGCGAAGUUGUGAAAUUAUUGUGACAUAACCCAUUCAAGGUUCAACAAGUGGUUUAGUGAACUCAACGCUUGGAUUGCACCAUUUUUAGUGAAAUUGUAGUGCUCCCUGUGAAAAUUCCUACAUACACCAGGAAAGUGCCAGAAAUUAGUGAAAUUUACGAACUGAAAAGCAUCAAGUUAUCCAAUAUGUACAAGGAUUCAGUGGUUCCAGUGAAGAUGGAGAGCUUCAGCGGAGUGGCCGCGAAAAGCCCAAUGGGCCAAUGCAUCAAGACGGUGCUGCGGCGGGCCUGCGUUGAGAAGCGGCUGACGGUCGGCCUGCUUCCCGCCAUCCAGUACCUCUCCAGCAACAGCACGGGGGCGCUGUUCUGCUUCACCACCGAAGCACCCCCUGGGGACAGCGCCACGCACAUGCAGGAGGUGCUGCUCCAAGCCUUCUGCGAUGAGAACGACAUCUAUGUCAUUAAGGUUGAUUCAGAGGCCAAAAUGCGGAUGAUCCUCGGUUUCCCCGCCUUGGACUAUAGCUGCGUGUUGGUCCACUCACCAUACACAGACCCCUUCAGCGACAGUCAAGAGAUCGACCCCUCACUCCUCACCGACAGCGAGAAACACCUGAUCAACCACUGCGAGAGGAACUGGGGAUGCUCCCAGGUCCCAGUCAUCAAGCUACCCGAGAAGUGAACCAGAUAAA